AGAUGGGAGGUGGCCAUGGGGCAGCGACCGGGGGUUGUUCCCUCUUCGGCUUCCGUAGACGAGGUCGGGCGGACCUUCGUCCGGGGUUUCGGUGCCCCCCCUUCCCCUUCCCCGGGGUCUGGGGGUGACAUUGCACCGCGCCCCUCGUGGGGUUGCGUCGCCGCCCCACACGGACUCCCCCCCAGCGCGCUGCUCCCUUUCGCCUCCCUUGGCCGGGGCUCCCUCCCGCCCCCAGCUGCCCAGUCAUGGGGGCUGCUGUGUUUUUCGGGUGCACCUUCGUCGCGUUCGGCCCAGCGUUCGCUCUUUUCCUGAUCACUGUGGCUGGAGACCCGCUUCGGGUUAUCAUCCUGGUCGCGGGAGCCUUUUUCUGGCUGGUCUCCCUGCUCUUGGCCUCUGUGGUCUGGUUCAUCUUGGUCCAUGUGACAGACCGGUCAGAUGCCCGGCUCCAGUAUGGCCUCCUGAUUUUUGGUGCUGCUGUUUCUGUCCUUCUACAGGAAGUGUUCCGCUUUGCCUACUACAAGCUCCUUAAGAAGGCAGGUGAGGGCUUAGCAUCACUGAGUGAGGACGGAAGAUCGCCCAUCUCCAUCCGUCAGAUGGCUUAUGUUUCUGGUCUGUCCUUCGGUAUCAUCAGUGGUGUCUUCUCUGUUAUCAAUAUUUUGGCCGAUGCCCUUGGGCCAGGUGUGGUUGGGAUCCAUGGCGACUCACCCUAUUACUUCCUGACUUCAGCCUUUCUGACAGCAGCCAUUAUCCUGCUCCAUACCUUUUGGGGAGUUGUAUUCUUUGAUGCCUGUGAGAGGAGACGGUACUGGGCUGUGGGCCUGGUAGUCGGGAGUCACCUGCUGACAUCAGGACUGACAUUCCUGAACCCCUGGUAUGAGGCCAGCCUGCUGCCCAUCUACGCAGUCACUGUUUCCAUGGGGCUCUGGGCGUUCAUCACAGCUGGAGGCUCCCUCCGAAGUAUCCAGCGCAGCCUUUCGUGCCGACGGCAGGAGGACAGUCGGGUGAUGGUGUAUUCUGCCCUGCGCAUCCCACCCGAGGACUGAGGGAACAUGGGGGGGACCCCUGGGCCUGGGGUACCCUCCCGAUCUCCUCGUCCUGUAUUUCUCCAUCUCCAGUUCUGGACAGUGCAGGUUGCCAAGAAAAGGGACCUAGGUUAGCUGUGGCCCGGGUGAUGAAGUUACUAGAGGCUCAAGGGAGAUGAGUUUAGGUCUCCAGUAUCUACUGCCCAGACUGGACAUCUUGGUCUUUUUCUCAGGUCUGAAAAGAACCAUUUUUGGUAUGAUAAAGACCCCAGAAAUGCCUUUUUUUUUUAAAGUCGGGGGAGUGAGGAGGUCUAUUGGGAGCCUCCUAACCUCCUUGGGCUGUAUUUUUGCUCCUGAAACUGCUGAUCAUGGCUCAUUUCUAUCCCAUUUCCCCCUUGGUCCCAGGCCCUGGGGAAAAGGAAGGAAGUGCAUGUUUGGGAACUGGUACCACUGGAACUCAUGUUUUAACGUCCGUGACCAUCAGCACCCCUCCUCUCCCCAAGGUGAAGUGGAGGGUAUUGUGGGGUUGGCCCACUCCAUGGCAGUGCCCCUGGAGGAGUCAGGCUACCAUGGCAUCGCAGGCCAAGCGGGCAGACAUUUUUCUAGUUUUUAACUGGGCUGUGGGAGGGCUGGGAGGGUUUC